AUGAGGGAAACAGACGUUGUCUUGAAAUAUCUGAAGAAACAAUGCCAUGCAAAGGGGAUAGGUGUCAUUGGAUUUUGCUGGGGCGGAGCUGUUGUUCAUCAUUUGAUGUUAAGAUAUUUGGAAUUUAAGGCUGGUGUAUCAAUUUAUGGAAUCAUCAGGUUUCAUGAGGACAAUUAUGAUCUUAAGAACCCCACCUUUUUCAUGUUUGCAGAGAACGAUGAUUUUGUUCCUCUAGACCAGGUUGCUGAACUACAGCGGAAGCUAAAAGAACAAUGCAAAACUGAUUGUAAAGUGAAAAUUUAUCCAGGACAAACCCAUGGCUUUGUACACCGCAAAAGAGAAGACAUUAGCCCUCAAGAUAGGCCUUUCAUCGAAGAAGCAAGGAAGGACAUGCUUAAUUGGCUGAAAAGAUACAUCUGACAGUCUGUUAUAUGUUAAUACCAAUAACCAUUAAGAAAUUAG